UGUCGCUUUAUCAUCAUUAACUUUCCGAUUGUUUUAUGUGAACAUUAAGACUAAAGUAACAACAAGAUCGUAACUACAAUAAUAUUACGAACGCAAAAUUUUACGCCUAAAUUAAAUGCAUUAUUUCUGAAUAAAUCUGUAUGUUUAAUAGCGCCAACGACGAAAUUCUCUUUCCUUCUUUGAACAGUGCAGCGUUAUCGCUGACUGUGGUCGAAGGCAGAUCCAAGGCUACCAGUACCUAGGUAGUGCAGAGGGAUCGUUUUUUCGACGGCUGGUCGGAGCGUUACAAUGCUGGUGACGGCCCUUCCGGUAGCUAAUACCGAUUAUUGCUGUUCGCCAAAGAUGAACCAUACAUCGAUAUUAGUAAUUUUGGAAAGGAUUGGCAUGUUACUUAGCGGGUUGGGAUUGUCUGUCAAUGGGCAAAAUAUCUAUUGUGGAGAUUACAUCUACAGUGGGCACACAUGCGUCUUGGUCCUCUCCGCACUGGUCGUCAAUGAAGAUGCUCCUCGCAGAUCUUUGCCCCUCAUGGUGGGAGUGUAUUUGAUUGUCACUGACCGGAAUUGUGAUGGUAUCCAUUUCUUGUGGUCACUACACUGUCGACAUUAUUUUGGCUUAUUACAUAACUACCAGGACAUUCUGGAUGUAUCAUACAAUCAUUUGUCACGUCGAAUUGAAGUUAAAGGUGCACCCUUGGUCGUUGUGUGGCGAUUGUUUUUAAGGCAGGAGAAGUGCUUCUGUUCCGUGAUACCCACAUCGAAACAACUGAAGGUUGGCUGGAGCCUUUAUUAGCACGGAUUGAAGGGGUCUCCGGUAUGGUGGGUUCAACUGGAAACUCAAUUUCCGCUGGUAUACAGCGCCCAUUCGGGGAAUGGUGCCACGCGGUCAUGACCACACACUGCCACUGCAGACGCCGAUAAUAGCCGGUGGAUUGUUUCCUAGUAAUCGGGACAACUUUUACGAGCUGAGAUCGUAUGAUGGGGGGGGGUAUGGAUGAGUGGAGUGGAGAAAAUUUGGAGUUCAG